AUGAGGAGAAGGGGUGGGCAGGGUGGGGGGCAGGAGGGGAGGGUGGGCAGGAGGGGUGGGUGGGGGGGCAGGAGGGGAGGGUGGGCAGGAGGGGUGGGUGGGGGGCAGGAGGGGAGGGUGGGGGGUGGUCCAGGUCUGUUUGUAGAGGGAAGAGAGACCCGAGCGACGCGAGAAAGAGAAGGGCGAGGAAAAGAGAGAGAGCGAAACGAGAGAGCUGAGGAAGAGAGAAGAAGAGGAGACGAGACAGGAGAAGAGAGGGAACGACAGGGCGGAGUAGAGGCAGAGAAGGCGUCAGAAGAGCAAAAGAGCGAGAGCAGAGAAGGAAUAAGAAGACGAGACGGAGCGUGCCGCGAGAAGAGUUCAGAGGAAGUAGAGCGCCGACGAGAAGAAGCAGAGCGUGCGACGAAGGAGUAG